CCGGUCGGUUUCCUUGAAACGUCUUUCAUGACGACUCCGGCACAUCACCUCCCGCUUCGUUGAGUAGUCUACAGUGACGGGGCGGACUUUCAACUAGUUGCUGUCAAAAUUGUGGUGUGAAAAUUAUUUUCGCUGUGGAAUUUCUUAAUAUUUACUUAAGAGGAUUUCGGAAUUAUCUUCUCUGUGGAUGAAUGUGGAUGGACAACUAACAAUAAUGAUCACAGUUACCUUACAAGACUAGCUUGGGACGUUUACAAUGAAUGAUGGCAGAGAAUCAAGCCAUCUACCAGAUGGGCAUCACCCCAGGCAUGGAGUACAUCAUGGGGCCAGAGGGCAGCCAGGCAGAGCAGGAGGCUCUCCGAGAGGACAAGGACCAGUCCUACAGAGUCAUCCUCAACAUCGUGGGCAGGGAGAGGCAGGGCAAAACCAGCCUCAGGAAGAUGUUGGCAUGGCAGGAGUUCAGUGAGAAUGAGGAAAGCACAGUUGGCAUUGAUCAUGAGCUGGUGGAAACUUGUGGGGUACAACCGGAGUCAUCCUGGUCUCAGCUGGAUAUGCACAUGGCAAACGAGAAAGAGUUUGAUGUUAUCAUCGGGAAACAUGUGCUUAAAAGAUUAAAGAAAAAGGCUUCAAGAAUCAGCAUUGAAAAGGUUGUAGCACCAGUAGUGUGCUUUGCUAAAAUUGCGGCUGUGACUUAUCUUAUUCUUGGUUUGUACCUCUCUGCUGUCUCACUGGAAGGCUUGAAGGGAUAUCCCUGGGUUGGAAUCGUUGUGAUUGGACUGUUUUGUGCUUCCGGACUUGCCUUUGGGACACGAGAAGGAUUUGGAAUUGCAGUAGGAAUAUUCCACCAAGUCCUUCUAUGUGAGGCACUGUUAAGAUGGGAUGUUGGCGGGACGGUCUUCAAAAAGUUGAAAUCCGAAUUUGGUUCAACGUGUGCAAUUUUCAUGGGAUUUUUAUGUUACGGUAUUGGCGAAACAUGUGUAGCAUUUUCUUUUGGAAUGUCACUUGGAGUAGGUAUUGUCUGCACCUUCUGCCUGGCUCACCCACCUCAAACUACAGGUGAAAACCCAUCUCAAUUAUUCCUGUCUCCACAUCUCCACAUGUUCAUCUUUGGGUGUUACGUAGGACUUGGAUCUGUCAACUACAGGUCUGUGUUGUUAUAUGUUAUAGCUCCACUUUUAGCCAUAGCAAUACAUGCCCUACCUGAAGACUAUGCCUUUCUCUUAAUGUGUGGAUUAGGUACGGGGCAUUUCCAUGGAGUUGGGCUCUCAGCUGGACAAAAUACCUACUAUAUCUUAAACACAAAUAUCAAAAGAAUCACAGACAGUCCCAGAUGUCGUCGAUUUAUUCGUCACUUCCUUGGAGCCACACCAGGAUUGUUUAUGAUCUAUCUAUUCAAUUGGAACCUGUCAGUCAUCUCAUGGGAUUAUGUUUUCAUGUCCUUGUCCGUUGUAGCAACUAUUGAAAUAUUAAAUAGCUUGGCAACACGGACUAAAGCUUUGUGUCCUGUUAAGAAUCCAAGUAAGGUUAUUGGGGCUCGAGUAUUUAAUACUAGUCUAAAACUGGUGCUGCGUGACUUCGCUGGUCAUCCCCUCUACUACACAGCUCAUCACCUUUACAUGACUGGGCAGUGCAUGUACCUUCUCGUCUUCAAUAUGCUGGAUGCCACUAAAGACUUUGACUUAGCUUUUGCAUACCUUCUCCAAUGGCUUUAUUCUAUCUAUGUCCAUCAUGAUUACCCAGACAUCAGAGUCUUCAUUAUUGGUACUCACAGAAAUGACCCAUCCCUCAACCAAUCUGUGAUCAUGAAACUAGGCCACAGACUGAAGGAAGCAUUGCCUAGGCAGUUUCACAACAUUGUGGUGUGGAAUGAAGAUGACACUCCUCUCUUCCCUGUGGAAAAUUCUGUAAGAAAUGAUAAAGAUAGCGAUCAUUUGAAUCUUAGAAGCAGAAUAUUGAGAGAAGUAAGAUAUAUUAAUGUUACGAAAUAUCCUUUAAAAUACUUCUACUUCUUCAAGUUAAUAGAGAAUUUUCGAAAGGAACAGAUACUUAUCAAGAAAUAUGAAGAUGUUUAUAGGAUUUGUAAAGAAAAUGAUUGUCUUAUUGAGUCGGAAGAAGAUUUUGAGGAGCUACUGAAGUUCUUCUCAAAUACAGGAGAAAUACUCUACAUUUCAAAAGACAAUAUCCUGCGUGAGUUCAUCAUAUUCAAUCCCCAUGUGAUUGUGAAAAUCUUAAGUCAAUUAAUAACAGUGCCAAAGAUGUCUCAUCGUGAAAGACACAUACUUGAGGACUGGGAACGUUUGGAAACAUUUGGGAUAUGUACCGAGAAACUAUUCAGAGAAAAUAUGCCAUCUGCCAAUAUCUUUGGGGGAUUUGAGAAAGCAGUGUAUUUGUUAGAAAGCUUCAAUCUCUUGUGCAAGAUACAAACAAAACCAGGUCAGGCGAUGCAAGAUCGGCUUUUUCUCAUUCCAGCGUUGCUUCCUAAGGUUCUUCCUUUCCCAGAUAAUUACUGGCCUGAUACAAGCAAAGAUCACAUCUUUUUUGUUCAGUGUGUGCCUGCUCUUCCACGCUCAGCAUUUCUCAGACUUGUAUGCAGAUGUGCUGCAUUUGAUGACAGUAUUAUAUCCGACGACCAGAUCAUAGUCCUUAACGCGUGUCAGACGAAGGCACUCUUUUCUUACAGGGACAUGUUCAGCUAUAAGUUGGAGAUGCUAGAUUCUAGUACUCCAAAAUAUCAAGACGAAUCUCCUCAAGCCAAAUGUAGCAUGUCCAGUGGCUUUGAUGCUGGGUCUCUGCCAACACCCGACAAGCAGUUCCUCAGGAUUGUUAUACGUUGUGAGACUGGAGUUGAUUAUACCAAAAUGUUAAAUCUUCUCUGGGAGCUUUUAACAAGAAUCGUGAAAAGAGAUUUUGCCAAAUGCAAACUGAAGCUAGGGGUUGAAUGUCCAUGCGAACCACCUCAUCAGGACAUGAAACAUCAGACAGGCUUUCACAUCCUGUCACUUGGAGACGAUGACUUUCACGAUGAAGACACGAACAACCAGAGGCUCAUGACAAAACACUAUUGGUGUCGCGGUAGAAAGGUGGCUAUCAGAAAUGGCAAGGCAUCACUUCUGCUCGGGCAAGAGCGGCAAGUAUUUUCUCCUGACGGCUGCAAAAUGACAACACAACUGAGCGAUCUCCCCUACACUGUGACAGGACGGGUAUGCGACUACCUCAAUAUUCCUAAUGCCCUGGGUAAAGACUGGCGAUACCUGGCAGGAAUGCUUGGAAAGACAUCACACGAGGUUGAUCUGAUCACAUUCCGUUGCCCCCGAGACCCAUGCGGGGCUCUGCUGAACGAAUGGGUCUCAACUCAUCCUCGGACCAGUGUUGCCGACCUGGUCAUCAAACUGAAGGACAUGGAGCGGCUGGACGUCAUCAGCAUCCUGGGCUUCGACUGGGAGAACGUAUGACGGUCAUCCUCGGACCACAGUGGCCGACCUGGUCAAGGAAGGUCAUAGACCUUCAUAUAUCCCCUCAUGGGCUUCAAUUAGGAGAGAGUGUGACGGUCAUCCUCACAUGUCAAGGGAUAAACACUGGGUUCCACACACUACACCGUCCUUUCACCACAGUGAUAUUUAGCCAUUGGCAUCAUGGGUCCAGAUAAUGUACAAGUCAGGAUCUACCUCGCAGUCUCAUCACAAUUUUCACACUUAUAAUGCACGUACAGGCAUGUUUUCCUGUCUCAAUUAUCAUAUUUGUUGUGUCCGUGUAGCUGGGAGACGUUGUACCCUGUCUGAUAACGUCACCAUGCCUGGUUGGUGUACAAGCAGGGCAACCGAUGCCCCACAGCAUGAGCACCAAGCAGGGGGUAUGGAGAGGGAUGCUCAGGGUUUUCGAAACACCCGGUGAUAUUUAUAGAAACAGUAUAUUAUUUAAAAACAAAAGGUUUCUCUACCGUCAUUUUUUGUAAUCUUUUAUACUCUUUAUUCCAAUAAAUAUUUGGCUAAAACUUUCAGUUCGUGUUAUCU